AAGGACAGCUUCAUUACUCCGUCCACUCAUCCAAUUAGGAGCCAGAUGGCGCUUCUGGCCAAUCAAAUCAUGGAUGCGAGGAUUCUCAGCAGCAUGAACGGCAGAGCAGAGCUCUCCCAGUUCUUGAGGGUCACCAAUCAAAGCAUCGUCUCUCAGGUGAAUUCCAGCCCGGACGACGGUCGCAAGAACAGGAAGUACCCCUGCCCGCUGUGUGGAAAGCGCUUCCGCUUCAACAGCAUUCUGUCCCUCCACAUGCGCACACACACCGGCGAGAAGCCCUUCAAGUGCCCGUACUGUGACCACAGGGCCGCCCAGAAGGGCAACCUGAAGAUACACCUCCGUACCCACAAGCAAGGCGUUCUGGGUAAAGGCCGUGGCCGCAUUAGGGAAGAGAACCGAUUGCUCCACGAGCUUGAGGAGAGGGCGAUAAUGAGGGACAGGCAGACGCGCGCCGGCCAUGUCGGGCAGCAGCACUCGCCUAAUUUGAACCAACUUCAAAGCCCCCAACUGCUACAGCCUGUGCCGACACAGGCUCCGUUCAUGGCUCCGGUCUCCGGUGCCGCAGAGAGCCAGCCGCACACGUCCACAUCUCCGAAGGUGACUCCCGUCCCCGAGGAUCCCGUCCAGCCCCAACCCACCGGCUUCCGCUGCUCCUUCUGCAAGGGGAAGUUCCGGAAGCAGCAGGAGCUUGAGCGCCACAUCAGGAUCCUACACAAGCCCUACAAGUGCACCUUGUGCGAGUUUGCGGCCUCACAGGAGGAGGAGCUCAUCGGCCACGUCGAGAAGACGCAUAUAACCGCCGAUUCAGGCCCGGGGCAGAGGCCCACCAUGGGGGCCGGUGACAAGAAGAGGCCCGCUGGCGAAUUCCCCUGUGAGGUGUGCGGCCAGACGUUCAGCCAGGCGUGGUUCCUGAAGGGUCACAUGAGGAAACACAAGGACUCUUUCGAGCACUGCUGUCAGAUCUGUGGCCGUCGUUUCAAAGAACCCUGGUUCCUCAAAAACCACAUGAAAGUCCACCUGAACAAGCUUGCCGCCAAGCGCAAUCUCCCCGCUGAACACGAGAGCUCCGUUAACGUGGAGAACCUGACACAAGACCACCAGAGCAACCUCUACUCGCAGUACAUCACGCGCAUUCACAACCGGUUCCUCGCGACGGAGAGAGCCGACCAUCAAGACUACAACCAACUGCUCGCCACCGCUGGUGUCGACAUGAAGGUCCGGGAGAUGUUAGGCAGGAUGAUCUCCUCGGGUCCAGGACCUUUGACGGAUGCAGAGAGCGCCACCUUACUGGGCUUGAAUCGUCUCCGCCCUCCCCUGAGCUCCACCGGCAUGGACUAUCUGCAGAAGGUCAUGUCUAACAGAGACGCACUCAACGGCGGCAGCUACCCGGGCUGGCAGAUCAUGACACCUGGGCUGUCUGUCGAACAGCAAAUGUUCGCUCUCAAUGACCAGCAGCAGAGCUCCUCCUACCUGCCCGAGAGAUGUCUCCCUGUAGACGACAGCAAAGGGUGCCUGGGCCACCCAAACUCUAAGGCCACCAGCAGACCCGGUAGCCCGGGUAGCGUGAGUCGCCACGGGCCGAAGGAGAUCGCCCCGGAGACAGCGAGCUCCCACUGCGGCAGCGGCAGCGGCCUCGAUCCUCGACCUCAAUCUUCUUCUCCAGUUACAGGUGAGAACGUCUACAGGUGUCCCCUCUCCGGUGACUACGCCGCGGCACAGACAGCCUCCCUCGGCUUCCACCUGGAUCGCUACCACUUCCCCCAGUGGCAAAACAGCAGGGAUCUUUCUUCUCCACUGCAGCCCACCGCCAGCAGCAGCAGCAGCAGCAGCAGCAGCUCCAGUCCCAAACCCAACCCAAGGCUCAGACCCGGGUCCAGGGACGACUGGAGCCCGGUCCGCUAUCUCGGUCUGGAGAGCCGUGGCGAAAGCGGCCUGCUCCUCAGCCUCAGCAAGCAGCCUGAGCUCACUGACAGAGAGGCGGGUGGAGAGGCCUCCGUAUCGGCCCGAACCGGGAAGUCCCAGUACGAGCCACUAGACCUGUCUGUGAGGCCGGAGUCCGUCACGUCCCAUCCAGGCAUGUCUCCGGCUGCACUGGCGCAGAUGUGUGGCGUUUUCAGCAACGGGACCUCCGCCUCGUUUCCCCGCAGGCCGCAGAGUUACUCCAACGCUGCCGCUGAACCCGGCGUGAAACCCGCGCGUCAGUGUGACCUUUUGGCGCAGGGGACAAGGGAAGAGGUGAACGCGCACGACGCCGGCUCCACCGGUCACGGCGGUGAGGGUGAGUUGGAGAAGGCGGAGCUAGCGAGGGCCGACGAAAGUGACGCCAAGCGGAAGGUGCUGAAAAACGACACCCUGGGGCCAGUGGAGCCGAGGCAGGCCGAGUUCCAGAGUCCCGGCGAGAAGAAGCACGACAGGCCCAGGCUUUGGGGGAGAGCCGCGGGCGAAUCUCCCAUCGCCUCUCUGGAGAACUUGACCCCGGGACAGGCGGAUCGGGUCCAAUACCAGGGCGGCCUGCUCUCCUUCUUCAGAUCCCAGGGGAACCUGAGCGGCACGCCCACGAGCGCUCUCGCGGCCGGUCCGACCGACGGUGGCGACGUGGACAAAGACGUCGCAUCAGCUCGGAAGCCGUUCCAGUGCAGGUACUGCCCCUACAGCGCCACCCAGAAGGGCAACCUGAAGACCCACGUCCUCUGCGUCCACCGCAAGCCCUUUGACAACAGCCUCUACCCCGACCGCCGCCUGCGGCGCUCGCACGCCCCCCAGAGGCCCCCCGGAUUGCCCCAGAGCCUCGCGGCAGACGACCUCGCGCCGGGGCGGGACCGCGUCGGCGUCGAGACGUCGCUCUGCGGGACCUAAUGUUGUCACGACGACCCCGCGGCCACAGACAGCCAUGGUUAUUGUUUUAGCUUCACCCGAAAGGAGGUUAGGAUGAUUGAAAUUGUAAAAAGAAAAAAAAAAAAAAGAACGUAACAGUCAACAGCCGACCUUGAUGUACAUUCCGGUGUUUACUUGAAGAGCCACAGUACGUAUUUAUCUGUAGCAAAUGAGCUGCCUGUAAUAAUAAUAAAGUCCGUUGUGAUGUGAAAGUGUA